UCGAUCUAAUCUGUCGUUUGGAGUUUAGAAGAGGACGUUUUUUUUGUAAACUUCAAUAAGUGAUCACCACACCGAUCAAAUAUAUAAGUUUCAAGUUGUAAGAAGAAAAGUAAUAUGUACAUAUUUUCAUUGUGUAAUUUCAUAGUUGUAUAUCUCAAAUCUGUAUAAUACCUUGGUUAAUUUAGUUGGUGUUUAGCUUAGAAUGCAAUGCACCCUCGUCGUCGUAACGUAGGUGUACCUGAACGGACACCCUUUUUAGAAGAAGAUCAAAAUUCGUACAACAAACUAGAUAAAAAAGGAAAGUCACAUUUACCUUAUCCAUUACAAAAUACACCAAAGAAUAUUGUACCAAUACUAAGAACUGAAGAAGUCGAUACUGUGUUUGACUUUCUUGAGGAUAUCGUUUUCGAACCAGUCAUGGCAGCACGAGACAGAACCAACGAAUUUGUGUCAACAGUGCGCAGUCUUCAAAGCAGAACUCAAGCAAAGCCAGUUGUUAGAGAUAAGCGAAAAGCUGAAGUCCUUGAAACUUAUACACAGUUUAUGAGUAUGGCAAAAGUUAUCAGUAAGAAUAUUACCAGUACAUAUGCAAAAUUAGAAAAACUAGCAAUGUUGGCUAAGAAGAAAUCUCUUUUUGAUGAUAGACCAGUGGAGAUACAUGAGUUAACAUACAUCAUAAAGGGUGAUCUAAACUCAUUAAACCAACAAAUAGCUAGAUUAGGGGAAAUGCCUAAGGGCCGUCGCAGUAUGCAUAGUCAUUCUUCCAGCGUAGUUUUAGCUCUUCAAUCAAGAUUGGCAUCAAUGAGCAAUCAAUUUAAACAGGUUUUAGAAGUGCGAUCCGAAAAUUUAAAGCAUCAAAAUAAUAGAAGGGAGCAGUUUUCUAGUGUAGCGCCUGUAGUCAAAGAAAUACCAUCUAUAUUGCAGCCAGAUGAAGUGAGCAUAGAUUUAGGUGAAGAUUCCCAUUUUCAAACUCAGCAGUUGGCAUUGAGAGAUGAUACAGAUUCAUAUGUUCAACAAAGAGCAGAGACAAUGCACAAUAUAGAGAGCACUAUUGUGGAAUUGGGAGGCAUAUUCCAACAACUGGCUCACAUGGUCAAAGAACAAGAUGAAGCAAUAGGGAGGAUAGAUGCAAACAUUCAAGAAGCAGAAAUGAAUGUUGAAGCUGGCCACAGAGAAAUAUUAAAGUAUUUCCAAAAUAUAACCAACAAUAGAGCUUUAAUGUUUAAAGUAUUUGGUGUAUUAAUAUUUUUCUUUAUAUUCUUUGUUAUAUUUAUGGCUUAAAAAUGUUUUGAAAUUUAAAAGUUGUCUAAUGAUAUAGUUGUCUGUUAGAUUUAAAAUGAUUUAGUAAAGCUAGGUAAAGAAUACAAAUAAUUUAAAAUUUAUACAUGCAAUAUUUGAUUGUCAUAGGCUAUUCAAAUUAAAAAUUAUGUAAAAGUUACAUUUAGGGUUCUUAAUAAUGUUGACAGUGUUAGUUCCAAUUUUAAUUAUUCAAAUCUGAAAGAUUGGCUCAUACACCUCAGGCACCUUUUAUUAUAUUUUAUGCACCAUUUCACUGUUUUAUUUAUAUUUAUGGAAAUCAGUAUAUAUUCUUCCAAAAUCUAUGUUAUUCUAGUGAGAUGUAAUAUUUCUUUUAUUUUUUAAAAAACUGCAGUAACCCGAAAAAACUUUAAAGGUUACUUUAUAAUUAAAGAGUUAUGAUGGGGUACUAUGGUAUAGCAAAUACACUACAACCUUAUUAAAGUUAUAUAUUUGCGCUUGGACACUGUGAAGAGGGAAUAAAUAAUUGUGAUUUUUACAAUAUUUCAUAAAUGAUGUACUACUGUACUGAAAAUUAAUUAUGUAAAUGAUU